GUGUGCUGCGGUCAGUGUUCUCAGGUCUGGUGGACCCGCUGCAGUUUUCGGAUUUUUAAUUAAACACAUAAAUUUUUUUUAAAAUACUUAACAGAUGUUUACUUCAUCCUGAUUAGAAGCAAUUGCAAUUUACCUUUGUUAUAUCACAUUUAUAAAUGUCAGUGCUAUAACCUUGUUGCAUGGACUGAAGCACAAAACUAGUACUUAGACAAUCUUACAGACUCUCUCUCUCUCACACACACACACACACACACACACACUAAUAGCAGUCCCAGACAAUAAGCGGACUGAGCGAAGGUACACGGGAUCUAAAAUAUACAUACUUUUAUUAGCCCUGGGUGAAGUGUGUAGGGCUGUACGGUAAGAGAUUAUUCGCAGAAAAGAAGACAAAGCCAGAAAAAAAAAAUAGUAUAAUUUUCCUUUUGAUAAGACGUGAAAGAGGGUCCAACAGACCAACAGAACACAAUACGAGAUUCACACUUAGUUUCAGUGUGUGCGCAUGCACCGGGACCCUGGGAGGAUCAAACUCUGUCAAAAGAGGAUACACACACCAGACGAACUGGUUGAGUGUAUAAUGUUAAAGAAAAUGGUUCACUCGCUUUUGUUAUUUCUUUGCUGGUGGCGUUUGAUUGGCGUGUUUAGCGCCGAGACAAAUGAAACGCCGUCAGUGAUGGAGGGAGAUUCUGUUACUCUACACACUGGUGUUACCGAAAUACAUGAAGACGAUGAAAUAACGUGGAAUUUUGGAGCUGAAAAGUCUCUGAUAGCUGAAAUAAACAGAGCCUCUGGAAUCUUCUCCACAUAUGAUGUUCUUGAUGAGAGAUUCAGAGACAGACUGAAGCUGGACAAUCAAACUGGAUCUCUGACCAUCAUGAACAUCUCGACUCUACACGCUGGAGAUUAUCAAAUAGAAGUAAUUUCAGCUAAACUUUCGUCAAAAACAUUCAGUGUUUCUGUCUAUGGCAAUCUGCCCAUUCCUCACAUUACCAGAGAUUGUUCACAAACUAUUUCAUCAUCAGCACAGCAGAAUUGUUCAUUGUUGUGUUCGGUGGGGAACGUGGGUCAUGUGACUCUCUCCUGGUACAAAGGAAACAGUUUAUUGUCCAGCAUCAGUGUGUCUGAUCUCAGCAUCAGUCUCUCUCUACCUCUGGAGGUGGAAUAUCAGGAGAAAAACACCUACAGCUGUGUGAUCAACAACCCCAUCAGAAACCAGACCACACAUCUGAACAUCAGUCAGAUUCACUCAGAUCUAUCAACUAAAGAGCAAGGCCUACCGUUAUUUUACAUACUGAUCUCUGCAGCCGCGGCUGGAUCUCUGUUGAUCGUUGCUGUGACGUGCUGCAUCUGCAAGAACCGUAGAAAAACAGUCCAAACCCACGAAGAAGACUCUCAUUCAGCGUCGUGUAAACCCAAAACUCACAAAAAGAAAUUAAAGUCAGACGCUGUGUAUGAAAAUGUCCCCAAAAAACGCUGAUCAAAUACAGUAUCUGCUGGGACCCAUGAUAGAGCUCAUGCAGGACGCUGCCUCAUAUUUUGCUUUUGUUCGCAUUUAUUCUCUGCCCAGAUGUCUCUGUUUAAUUUUGCCUCUUUGUGUCACAUCUUGUAAAUUCAUCUAAUAUGUUUUUGCUCUCUUAAGUUGUUAUUGUGAUAUGUGAAACAUUCUUGCUUUAUUUUGAGGCCUCACAAAUAGCACAGGAACUCAAAUAAUGUUCAAUUAAUUGCAGUUUCCUUCUUGAAAUGCAUUUCAGUGUGCCAUUUUGUGUCUCAUAUAUGCCUCUUGAUUUAUUUUUUAAAAUUUGAUAAUUUUACAUUAAGUGCAUUCGUGGUUUACAGUAUCCCCAAACACAACAAGAUCGGCUGGACGUCACUUUGAACAAUAACAAAGCUACUUAA